AUGAAAAAACAAUGUUAUAAUAGUAGACCAAUAGAAAUAUUAUUUUGGGAAGUUAUAAGGGGUUGGAAUAAAUAUUUAUUUCGUAAAAUAUUUUCAAAUUUCAAUUUCUCAAAUGCUUUUAUAUACGAACGUUUGGAUAAUGCAAAAUAUAUAUUAAAGUCAUUUAAAAAUGGUGAAGAAAUAGUUAGAGAUAAAGUAAAGUGUGCUGAUUAUUUAACCCAAGGUGGCCUAAAUCAAGUUUACAGUGUCAUCAGAAAAAACACAUCAGAAAAUGUAAAGUUUUAUACCCAGCUAUUUACAAACUAUCAAAGAUAUUACCAAAUACCAGAAGAGUUGUUUUCAUUUAUAGAAAAUUCAAAUAAAAUGGCACUAAAACUCUAUGUAAGGAGAUUUAGAAAUAGGGAUGAAGAAAUAACACGAAUUAUCCAACGUUAUCCAAAAGAGAAUAUUCAAAAACUAUCGCAAACUUAUAGAGGUAUCAAAAUGUUAAAUUUCUUGAGAAAACACUAUAGUGUGGAACUUAGUGGUGAUAUUGGACAUUCAUUGUUUGAAAAAAUGUUUAUCUCUGACCUUUCCACCAUCUCACUCAAAAAUUUAAUAAAGUUAACAAAAUGCUUACUAGAUAUUUAUAAUAAUAAGAACAACAACAACAAUAAUAAUAAUAUUAAUAUUAAUAAUGAUAAUAAAGAUUCAGUUCAAAACUAUCUCAUUGAAAAUAAUAAUAAUAUUAGCAAUAUUGACUACACCAAUAGUAAUCACUUUAGCUCAAUUUUUGAAGAAAUUAAAUUAUAUAAUUUUACAAAAGAAGAGUUAUCAAUCGACUUUAUGGAAACAUUAAGAUUAAGAAUAAAGAAUAUUUAA